UUAUGUUGGCCAGAGCUAAGAAGGCGAGAUUCGCUGUUCCCUCAAAAUCGCUGCUCAUCCAUUCGCAUCGACUAAACCAUCGGGUCAUCCACGCACCGUAACGGAUUAGCUUGCGUCAUGGAGGUCUUCAACUUACGUCUGUUCGUCUCGAUAAGUGUGGCUUGUCUAAUACUAGCGGCGGAUGGGGCCGAGCGAGGAGGGAACGGGCGCCCAUGUACAGGGAUCUGUUACGGCUAUUGCGAGCCCAGAACCAGCUCCCGGUCCGCACACUAUUUUCCACGACCAGCAUCCCGACCAGCCCCACCCCCCAGGCGGCCGAGGGGCGAGUGCCAGUGCAAGCGCGACAACGAUGGCCACAUCCCUGAAACUUGCGAAUGCACCGACGAGCAAAAGGCUAAGGUCAACUGCGAGAAUUAUCCCGACAAGUGCUACUGUAAUAAUGUUAAGCUUAUUUGUGAACCAUGGGUGUAGCCAUGACGAGAUGAAGUAU